AUGCAGUUCAAGCUCAUCUCCAUCCUCGCCACCGCUCUGACGGUCCAGUCUGCCUACGCCAUGUCUGCCACCCAGCAAGGCCAGGCUAUGGAGCAGAGCGAACAGAGCAAGCAGGUCCACCAGCUGGAGGAGCUCGCUCACCACAUCCACCAGAAGCAGAUGACCGAGCUUCACCAGCUCGAUAUUGCUCUCCCGGAACUUAACGCCACUGGCAUCACCUCUACCUUGAACAGCGUCGCCAACGUGUUUGCCACCACCGGCAAUGCCAUUAGCAACAUCACUUCUGUUACACUUGCUCAGCAGCUCCCUAUAAGCUCCCCUCGUAAAGGAAACAUCAUCAAUAGCAUCAGCGCUCUGGCUGGAAACCUUGUCACCAACGUCGCCAGCAUCAUCACCACUCCUGUGACUUCCACCUUCAGCCAGGCUGACCAGCUGUCCAUCUACAACGCCUUCGCCACUCUCACGAAAGCCAACACGAACCUCAUCAAUGCCUUCGUCGGCCCCAAUGGCCUCGUUGCCAACUCCCUCCUCCGUGGCCCCAUCGGUGUUGUCCUCAACCUGAUUGAGCGUACCGUUGUCAACCUGGCCGGUGCCAUCAUUGCCCGUAUCCCUGCCUACGCCAACCAGGCCCAGGCCCUGCUGAGCCAGAUCCACGCCUCUUUGGCUCUGACCAUCUCCGUCUAA